ACGCCUUUGGAGUGCUGACCAAUUCCACAUUCAUUACAAUCGAUACGAAAUAUGAUUUUGGCGGAAAGGGCAUGCUCUCGCCCUCAGGGCAAAAGAUUCGAUUGUGCGGUGGCGCACACGAGCCGCAAAAAAACAUUGAAACUUGUCAAUGCGCCGAAGAAACUGCCAUUAGCACAAAAGCACCAUCGACAGAGAACCGAUUUCUACAGCCGGAACAGCAAACUGAACCGAAAUCGGAGCCAGAAAAGCUAAUUAAAAGUUACGCACAGCCCAAAGCAAGCCACGGCCAUAUGGUGCUAUGUAAAAACGAGCGUAUCUAUCGAAUACUACAACACGGAUGCUACGAAGAAAAGAAGAAAAAGGAAAGUACCCCAAAAUAUCGCAUUGUCUAUCCUGUCGGUGGGGGCGCAAAGGAGGAAAAGAAGCGAGUGCUAAAGAAAGUGAAGGAAAAAAGGAAAACGAAAGGAAAAGGGCAAGCAAGAAAACAAUCAAUAGAACCGUCGAGAGAAGGAUCUAGAAAGCCAUCGAGAGAACGUGCGCAAAUAAAACGUGAACUGGAAAGUGAACCGGAACUGGAGCGGGUAACGCCACCGCCAAUGACACCACCGCGCAGAUGCGGUGAAAAAGCUGAAGGCACAACUGAUGCGCCGAGCAACACCACUUCACAGCAGCACCAGCAGGCGCAGCCGACAGCACUAGAUUUGCUAAGCUGGAAUCCCUUGAAAUACUUUGAUAUUAACUGUAAUGGUGGACCGCAAGCGAAAGCGAAUAAAGAGCCUUGUGCAGUAGAUCCACCAUGCACGCUGAGCUUAUUUCCAUUCCCUAGCUUGCGAAAGCCUGAAAAGCCCGCCGAGCCGAUAGCAGCCAUUACAACAAAGCCAACGAAACAAGCAGCAUCAGCAAAUAUGCGAGAAGCGGAGUUUUCGCCCUGCCACGAAAACCAGGUUGACCCGCAACCACAAGCAGAACCGGUGCAACCAGUACCGGCAAAUAUUAAUGAAGAAAUAAUUAGAGCACAGUGCAGUCGCAUACUCAAUCUGGAAUUGCAGGUUAACGAGCUGCGACGCGAACUAGGGUGCAUGAAGACAGAAAUUAUACCACCCGAUGAGAUGCUUCGCUGUACAGCGUUAACAUCUAAACUACGUGAACUAUCAACUUUGCUGGCCGAUCUGAAGAGUCAACAUAUGGAAGCUAUGACGUCUGUGCUCAUGGCUCAACGACAAGCUACUGCCACAUGCACCAAGUCUAAAUGCAUCGCAGAUACACAGACGCCACAGCUACCACCGCCGACGCCGCCGCCACCGCGUCCGAUAAUGAAAGCGGAAAAAGUGCAAGCCAAUCUACUAGCUGACCACGCACAUAAAAUCUCACAAACAAACGCCAGUUUCGGUUGGCGACCCUUCAUCGAUGAGGCCACACAAAGUUCACCACCCUCCACGGUGCCGGUGACACCUAAACACACUUCCAGUGUGCCGGCAAGCACACUUACCAGCUCGGCAGCGAGUGCUUGCCUGCCCUGUCGUCACGAUACUGGUGAGAUACCGUUGAAAGAGACACCCAGCUUCUGUCCCUACUGCCAAGACAGCGCAUAUCCACGCUGCCCCUACGUCGAACGGCAUCUUGAAAAGGAGAUUAUGCGAAUUGUGCAGUCUCACCCGCCAUGCGAGGUGUUGUUGUCGGUGAUGUUGCAACCGAAUAGUCUAUAUCAUAUAAAUAUUUCGUUGACCUGCACCGGUGAGCCGUUAGGUUGUAUUUACGCAACGGAACACGCCAUCAAUGAGGCUGUCGAGGCUGAUGUCUUCGCGAGGUUUCUGACAUUCUUCAUAGUGGAUGCCCGCAUAUCGGGACAGCAAAAGGACAAAAUUCUAACUCACACUUUUGAGUUUUUCAAGAAUUAGCUGGCAAAUCCUUUUUCCAAGCCAUUUUUUUCUUGCCCAAUUGGCUUUCUAAAGUUAAACAACUUGGUGAUAAGAUUUAAUUUUUUUCUAUUAGCUUCUCUUUAUUGAGCCACAUAUGGUAUGUAUUUACAUUAGUUGCAUCCUGACGUUAGAUUACUAGAAUGAAAAUUCAGUUUAAGGCAUAUUUCAGGGAGAUAUUUUAUAUUAG